AUGAGACAAACACAAUUAUCGUGGAUGCAAAUCAUGUUCUUUAAUCAUCUUCAGCCUUUGUUGUUUCGAAGGCCUUCUCAUGAUGCCUCUGUGGAAGAUCUAGUUUUGAACAAAAUCAAUGUAGAGAAGCAAACACGAAUACCGUUUGAAAAUGCACAUUUGGCACCAUCGGAGUUGAGUGGUGAAAAUGGAGAAAUUGUACAAAACAUGUCAACCUUUAUGAAACGUUUUUUGGGAUCGUUUAUGUGGAGUCUCAUUCCUUUGUUUAUAUCGAAAAUUUGUCAAUUGGCACAAACUGUUUUGGUGAGCCAUAUUUUACUGUUGAUUGAUACAAGAGGAAGCAGGCUCGGGACGGACCAAAAUAAUGAAACUCAUAACCACUAUGACAUAUCGCUAGCACUUUGCUGCUUGCUAUUGUUCAUUGAUAGAUUACUUAUUGGUAUUACUUUACGAUGGCACUUUAAUGUACAGACUGUAUUUUCACAUCAAAUUAGCUAUUAUUUAUAUUCUUCGAGUUACAUGAAAUGUGUUCGAGCACAAAAGCGAGUUGGACUCAACAUUUCUGCAAUAUCUAGCGAGAUUUCUCAAAUUGAGAAAUCAGUGUCGCAAGCCCACAGUUUGGUUUCUCAUCUCUUUCAUUUAUUUGGAGCAAUGGCAAUAAUUCAUUACCAAUAUCAAAGCUCCCUCAUUACAACAACGUUUAUUAUUAUUUGCAGUCUGAGUAUACCACUUAAUAUGGUAUUACAAUCAAAAAACAGCUCAUACACCAAUGAGAAAACAAAUUAUUCCAACCAGAGAAUUAAUUUAUUGUCACAUUUUUUGAAUUGCUUUAAACAAGUCAAAUCCUUUGUAUGGGAAUCAACAGUUAUCGAGAAAAUAUCACGAAUAAGAAAUAUAGAGGGUGUUUAUUUGUUUAAGCUGUACUGGGUUGACAACAUCAUUGCUUGUAUAUGGUAUAUUUUCCCGUUUGUGAUAACCUGUUCUCUUCUCCUAUCAUCCAAAUUACUGGAAAGGACCACAGAUGAAAAAACAAUAUUCACAAUUUUGAUUUUAUUGGAUGGAAUUUCUGUACCAAUAUUUGAGCUCCCAAAAUGCCUGAAUCAAGUCAUGUAUGCUUCUCAAUGUUUACAUCGGCUUGGGAGCUUAUUGCAUUCAAUGCAAGUUGACGAGCGGCCAAUUACCGAGAAUGGAGAAAGCAAAAGUGACACUAAUUUGUUACUAAUCCCACAAAAUAGCACGUUGACAAUAUCAGGAAAGGCGAGCAAGGUGUCAAUGGUAUCUCCUUUUUUCAUACAACCGAAGGAGUGGAUAUCAUUACGAGGAAGAACUUCAUCAGGAAAAACGUCACUCAUCGUAUCAAUUUUAGAAAGAAUAGCCAAGGUUUCAAAUGCAAACAGUGACAUUCAAACGAAAAAUAAUUUAGAGAUCAUUUAUUCCCCACAAGAGCCAUUUAUUAUGAAUGACACAAUCAAAGAAAACAUAAUUUUUGGGUUGCCCUAUCAACAGCAUAUUUUCGAGGAAGCUGUGAAAGAUUCACAGCUCGAGUUGGACGUAACCCAGUGGAGAUCUCAAGAAUGCAGUAAUAAGUUAUGUGGCUACUUUGGAAAUAAUUUAUCAGGUGGACAGAAAAUUAGAAUCAAUCUCGCUCGAUGUUUAUACAGGUACUACUAUCUCAAAGAAAACAAAAAUGAUGUAUCAUUCUUAUUGAUAUUUGACGAAUUAUUUAAUGCUCUUGACCCUACCGUUGCAGAGGUAGUGAUGGACACACUAGUGAACACUCUCAAAGACGUUCCAAAUGUCAGUGUGUUUUUCACAUCCUGCGAUAAUAGGUAUGAUCACCUCAUGGAUAGAGUUUAUGACGCAGUUGAAGGAAAUAUUUCAGAGGGGUCUAUUAAGAAAGAAGAAAGAGUAAUGGAUGGCUCUACAUUAUUGCGAGGGCACUUUAAACGAUCUCACAGUGAUUUGAGGAUGGAUGAGUCGAAACCAUCUAAAUCAGAGAGAGUGGUGGACCGUCUUCUGAGCUUGUACGAUAUUGCAAAGUUCUAUUUGCUCUCACAAACAAACUUAUUCACUGGAGUUACUGUCAUUUCUCUUUUAGCCAUUUCUCAGUUGUUUAAAUCCUCUACAGGCAUUGUAUUUUCGAACUUUAACUCCUACACCUAUUUGUUUUGGAUUUUAGGAUUAGUAAGAAUAUUGGUAGAGCUUGGAUUGGGGUAUUUUUGGAGCUUGAAAUGUUAUAGAACUAACUCCACAAUUCAUGAAAAUGCUCUAGACAAGAUAUUACAUGUUCCUUUGAGCUUUUUUGUUGAUUCUUCAGGCAAGAAGCGAAAAACUGAAAAGAACGGUAGAUAUGGCGAUGUAGUCGAAAGAUUUUCAACGAAUAUGGCAAGCCUUGACAGAUCUAUACCAUGGCUGUUAAAAGAGGCAGCUCAAAAGUAUUUGGAAUGUUUUGGCUCACUUGCAACCUUACUGUUGUAUAUAUCAGAGGCAAACCUGUUGGUUGUCUUCUUUUCAUUUCUUAUUAUGAUAGGAAUUAUUCUGUACUCGAGGAAAUACUAUAGAUUGUAUUCUAAAACAAGAGACGACAUGUCACUCUUACUUUCAGAAAAGAGAGCAAUAAUGUCACAAUUUUUCAUGGAAUCUACACAUCCUACUGCAGUUUUAAUGAUCCAAGUGUAUAAUCAAGUUCCUUACUUUUACCAAAAAUUUACACGAAGCGUGGCUCAUACGAUGAACAUUUCAUACGUAUUUAACAGCUGUACCGACUGGUUGGGAGUUCGCUUGGAAUGCCUAAUCUCAUUACUGUUAUUCAUUCCAUUCAUGUACCUCAUUCAAGCCGUGUGUGAAGGAGAUUGUGACUCUCUUCACAAGCAAAAGCUUUACUAUGCUGGAAUUUUACUUUCCACUUGCAUUGAAUUCUUCAACAGAUUUUUAUGGACUCUGGUUGUGACUACUCGUGUGGAGUGUGAGUUACCUUUCAUUGGUAAAAUCAUUGAAUUCGGCAAGUUGCAAACAGAACAAGAAGAGCAAGGGAACGAAUGCCAAUCUUUACCUACAACAUGUAAUGCACAACUGGAAUUAGAAAAUGUGUCCUACGAGAAUAUUCUAUCAAAUUUAUCUUGUCAAUUUAAAUAUGGAUCAAUUAAUGGAAUUAUUGGAAGAACAGGAAGUGGGAAAAGUUUUACACUUUCUCUGAUUCAUAGAUUUUGGUUUCCACUCCAAGGAAAAAUAUUGUUUUGUGAUCAUGGUAUAUUUGAAUACGAGUUAUGCUCCUAUCGAUCCAAAGUGACCAUGAUACCCCAAGAUACAAGUUUUUUAUUGGGAAGCUCUUUACGAGAACAUAUUGAUGAACACAAAUUGUUUUCAGAUCAUGAUAUUUUACAAGCGUUGAAUUUACUUGGAGUUGAUUACAUUACUAGCCAUGAUUUAAAUGCGAUAAUCAACAAAGAAGAAGAUAUGAAGAUUGAAAAAGUAAUGAUCUUCCUUGCUAGAGUUUAUCUACUGGUCACCAAAUUGACAGAUGUGAAUCCAAGGAAACCAAAAAUUCUCAUGUUGGAUGAAAUCACCGCAUCUAUGGAUAUUCAUCAUACUCGAAACGUAAUCUCUUGUGUGAAAUUAUUAUGUACCAAAGAGUGGUGUUGUGGAAGAGUUACUGAACGAUCCAGACUCAAAAGUUAUUCCCUAUUUAGAAUAUCCAAUGAGAACAUGUUCAACACCAAAAUGUAA